AUGCGGCCAGCAACGGCAAAAUGGCCCAAAAUGGUCCAAAAAAAGACCUUUGACCGUCCCCGCAGAGACUCUUCGCCAAGGUGUGCUAUUCGCAAAAUGUCCAAAGAAGCUCCUCUCUCAGUCGCAGAGCGCGAAUUUAUUCUCGAAGCUCUGCGUGAGAAUGUGCGCCUUGAUGGCCGGGGAGCAGACCAGUUCCGUUCAUUGAAUCUUUCCUUUGGCGAUGAAUAUGGGCAUGUGAAGCUACAGCUGGGCAAGACCAGCAUUGUUGUCCGCAUAUCUUCUGAGGUCACGAAGCCCCGCGAUGACCGUCCCUUUGAUGGUCUUUUCAACAUCAAUCUAGAAUUGUCUGCAAUGGGCUCGCCCGCCUGGGAAAACGGCCGAUCUAAUGAGCUCGAAGCCUACGUUACGCACGUCCUCGACAGCGUCAUCCGUCGCUCGAACGCUCUGGAUACUGAAUCGCUGUGCAUUCUCAAGGGUGUAAGCUGCUGGAGUAUCCGCGCCGAUGUGCAUAUCCUCGACUACGAUGGCAAUCUGACCGAUGCGGCCUGCAUUGCCAUUAUGACUGGACUGCAGCACUUCCGCCGGCCGGAUGCUGUGGUCCGCGAUGGCCAGGUCAUUGUCUAUGGGGUGGAGGAGCGGGUACCGGUUGCACUCAACAUUACGCAUAAGCCUUUGUCGAUUACUUUCAAUGCUUUCAACGAGGGCCACAAUAUCAUUGUCGAUGCCACGCGCAAGGAAGAGCAAUCGUCGGAGGGAGAACUCGUGAUUGGAAUCAACAACGGAGGCGAUGUGUGCUUCCUGUCCAAGUUUUCGGGUGCGCCCGUUGAUGCGAUGGAGGUGGUGACCCGGUCCAAUGUUGCUCUGGAGAAGGUCAAAGAGAUCAAUGCCCAGGUUGAGCGGGUGAUGCAGGCUGAUCUGGCCAAACGAGCAAAGAAGGGUAUGGCAGAAGAAUCUCGAGCUGAAAAUGACCGGUAA